CAUUCCAGCAUAUACGUAGAAUAGUUAGGACGCGCUUUGCUUGUCUGUACGCGGUAUUAGCGAAAAAAAAGAAUAAAAUAAAAAUAUUGGAAUAUUAAUUAUUUAAAUUAAAUAAAAAAGUCUUUUUUUGUUUUCCAAAAAAAAUUCGAACUGGACAAUAUAGUCAACAAUGCAGUCUCACAGUAAAAAGCGUGUGUGCUAUUAUUACGACAGUGAUAUUGGCAAUUACUACUAUGGACAGGGACAUCCGAUGAAACCACACCGUAUACGUAUGACACAUAAUUUAUUGUUGAAUUAUGGUUUAUAUAGAAAAAUGGAAAUAUAUCGUCCACAUAAAGCAACAGCAGAUGAGAUGACCAAAUUCCAUUCAGAUGAAUAUGUACGUUUUUUACGAUCCAUACGACCUGAUAAUAUGUCCGAGUACAACAAGCAAAUGCAGCGUUUUAAUGUAGGUGAAGAUUGUCCAGUAUUUGAUGGACUCUACGAAUUCUGUCAGCUUUCGGCUGGUGGAUCUGUAGCAGCAGCUGUAAAACUAAAUAAACAAGCAUCAGAAAUUUGUAUAAACUGGGGUGGUGGACUGCAUCAUGCAAAAAAAUCCGAAGCUUCCGGUUUUUGCUAUGUUAAUGAUAUUGUAUUGGGCAUAUUGGAACUUUUAAAAUACCAUCAACGUGUUCUCUAUAUAGAUAUAGAUGUACAUCAUGGCGAUGGAGUGGAGGAAGCAUUUUACACCACUGAUCGUGUUAUGACAGUCAGUUUUCACAAAUAUGGGGAAUAUUUUCCAGGUACCGGUGAUUUGCGCGAUAUAGGCGCAGGCAAGGGCAAAUAUUAUGCUGUAAACAUUCCCUUACGCGAUGGUAUGGACGAUGAUGCCUACGAGUCUAUAUUUGUGCCGAUUAUAUCAAAAGUUAUGGAAACAUUCCAACCUGCUGCGGUUGUGUUGCAAUGUGGCGCUGACUCCUUGACUGGCGAUCGACUGGGUUGCUUUAAUUUAACUGUUAAAGGACAUGGCAAAUGUGUAGAAUUUGUCAAGAAAUACAAUUUACCGUUCCUAAUGGUCGGUGGUGGUGGUUAUACCAUACGUAAUGUAUCACGCUGUUGGACUUAUGAGACUUCCGUGGCUUUAGGUGUUGAAAUAGCAAAUGAAUUGCCUUAUAAUGAUUAUUUCGAAUAUUUUGGCCCCGAUUUCAAAUUGCAUAUCAGCCCUAGUAACAUGUCCAAUCAAAACACUUCAGAAUAUUUAGAAAAAAUCAAA